UGUCGCCGCCCCCGAUGCAAGUUCUUCCAACACCUCUGAUCGCCUCGCAACAUUGGAGAUGGACGUCGGCUCCCUCAAGGACGGCGUGCAGCUACAGCAGACCGCAACGCAACAGUUGGAACAGCGGAUCUGCACUGCCGCCAACCAUUCGAGUUCAAAACCGCGCGAGAUAGCUCCAAAGUUUGACGGGCAGGAGAUGUUCUGCGACUCGACGAAGACAGAUCCGAUAUCAUGGUUCCGCAAGUUCGAGCUCACGCUACAGCUACACUACGUCAAGGAACACAAACACCGCGCGUACUUGUACUCCCGGUGGGGGGGCGCGUGCCAGACAUGGUUGGAUAAUCUCUUGUCCAAGUACGGAGUAGUAGCUGGCGACUUGCACACCAAGAUCAGCUGGGAUGAUCUAAAGGCAGCGUGGCACAAGCGGUUCCAAGUCGAGCUGCCCGAGAUCAAGGCUAUGGACAAGCUCAUGGUCUUCGAGCAAGGCACACUGCCGAGUACCGACUGGAUCGCCAAGUACCAACGCUUGACGUCAGUCCCAGACAUCCAGAUGGGCUUCAAAGCCAUCCACCACUAUUUCAUCUCAAGGUCAUGUUCGACAUUAAGCAAUGCCCUGACUCACGUCGAGGACACCUUGACGACAACGGCGAAACUUUUUGACAAGGCCGCGCAGAUCAUCACCACGAACAAGGAGGCCAAGAACCUGUUCGUCUACGCCAAGCCCGAGCAGAGACCAUCAUCGGCCAAGAGUGGUCGUGGUCACGGCAGCAACCCAAGCCUUUAUGCAAAGGGUUGGCCUUGCGCACAAGUUCAGAGGAAGGCAAACCCGACGGCGAUCAAGUUGGCAGAUGGAAGGACGCAGCAACUUCUCGACCGUUACAUCAAGGUCGUACCGGUUUAUUUCGCACCUCAUGCAUGCGAACCGGUGACGUUCGAUAUUUUCGACAUGGACUUCGACAUCAUUCUCGGAAUGCCUUGGCUUGCAAGUGUGGAUCACACGACCAACUUCCAUCGUCGGACUCUUAGCGUUCGCGACGCCUUCGGCGCGGAAGUGGCGUGUACUAUUCCUCUACCGCACCCUUCGAUUCGGUGCCAAGUGGUGACGGCCAAAUCAUUCCGGGCGACAUGCGCUUACGAACAGCCCGAGGAGAUCGGCCUAUGUUUUCUACGGACGAUCGAGGUAGCCGCCUCGUCAUCCACGGACUUGUCUUCGGACCCCCAUGUGGUGCGGUUGCUGGACGAAUUCGCCGACAUCUUUGAGUCACCUACCGGUGUGGUGCCGGAUCGGCCGAUGUCUCACGAGAUCAUUCUUGAGGCCGGUGUCGUGCCGCCGAAAGGUUGCAUCUAUCGGAUGAGCGAGGAGGAGCUUGAGGUCCUCUGCGCACAACUCGACGAUUUGUUGACCAAUGGCUGGAUCCGCCCUAGUAGCUCCCCAUAUGGAGCACCAGUUCUCUUCGUCUGGAAGAAGAACAAGGAUCUACAAUUGUGUAUCGACUACCGCAAGCUCAACGCGCAAACCGUCAAGAAUGCGGGGCCUCUUCCUCGCAUCGACGAUCUUCUUGAGCGAUUGGGCAGCGCAAAGUAUUUUUCUAAGUUGGAUUUGAAAUCGGGAUAUCAUCAAAUCUCGAUCCGGUCGAAUGAUCGUUACAAAUCCGCGUUCAAGAUGCGGUACGGGCAUUUUGAGUGGGUGGCCAUGUCUUUUGGCCUCACCAACACCCCGGCGACUUUUCAAGCGGCAAUGACCAACGAGUUUCAUGCAAUGUUGGACCGGUUCGUGUUGGUCUACUUAGAUGAUAUUCUCGUCUAUAGCCGAACAUUGAAGGAUCAUCUUGGGCAUCUUCGACGAGUGUUGGAGACGCUUCGCCACACCAAGUACAAGGCCAACCGCGACAAGUGCGAAUUUGUCCGACAAGAGUUGGAAUACUUGGGCCAUUUUGUCAUACCAGAGGGCAUCAGUCCGCUAUCGGACAAGACUCAAGUCAUCCAAGAGUGGCCGGAGCCUCGGAACGUCACGGAUGUUCGUUCAUUCCUUGGCCUCGCCGGCUACUACCAGCGUUUUAUCAAAGGCUACUCGAAGAUCGCGGCCCACUUGACCAAGCUUCAAUGCGAGGAUCGGUCGUUUGACUUCGUAGAGGAGGCGCAGGAAUCAUUUUUGACUCUCAAAGCCGCGCUAUUGUCUGCGGAGGUCUUGCGGAUAUACGACCCGCUUUUGCCUACACGUGUCACUACGGAUGCGUCAGGCUAUGGCAUUGGUGCUGUCCUCGAGCAACAUGAUGGUGUGGACUGGCACCCGGUCGAGUACUUCAGCAAGAAAGUGCCCGCCGUGCAUUCCAUUGACGAUGCAUGCAAGAAGGAGUUCCUCGCCUUCGUCCAUGCGCUCAAGCGGUGGCGGCAUUUCCUCCUUGGUCGAAGCCAAUUCCGAUGGAUAACGGACAACAAUCCGUUGGUCUUCUAUAAGACCCAAGACACCGUCAACAGCACCAUCGCUCGAUGGAUGGCUUUCAUCGACCAGUUUGACUUCUUUCCCGAUCACAUUCCGGGGAAGUCAAACCGUUUUGCGGAUACUCUUUCACGAUGUCCGGAUCAUUGUACCGCGGUCUACUCAACCUUCGAGAUCGACGACGACCUGCAGAACAACUUCAUCCACGGCUACCAAGCUGACCCCGAGUUUCGUGACAAAUACUCGAAUUGCUCCUCUCCUAAUCCGGCGCCUUCUCACUACCGGAUCCAAGAGGGGUACUUGCUUGUCCACAUGCGGGGGAAGGACCUUCUUUGCGUACCGAGUGAUCCUCACUUGUGUACACGGCUUCUUGGUGAGUUCCACGAUGCUCCCGCCACCGGACACUUUGGAGUCAAUCGCACGAUUGGCCGACUUUGCGAGCGAUUUUGGUGGCCCGGUCUUCUCGGCGACGUCACGCGCUAUUGCGAGUCAUGUGAGGUUUGUCGUACGGUGAGUUACGACACUGCAAAUCCCGCAACCACCGUCCGUACGCGGAACAUGACGAUUUUCCCAGGAGACGUUUUCGGGAGGUCGGCGACAUCAUCUCCCAGCGAUACUACGGCAACAGGCCAACCGAGUAUUUGGUGCAUUUUGCAUACUGCACAUAUUGGGGCGCAGCGCGACCGGGAGCGCUGCGCCCCCACCGGAGCAACUUCAGACACGAAGCAGCGUGACGCGGGAUGUGUCGGAGAGCCAGGCGAUGCGAUGGGCGGAGACGCAAGGAUGCGAGGUGAGUGAAGGGCACGUACGGGAGAGCUGGCGAUAAGGUGGACGGUGGGAUAUGGUGGCGCACGGUAUAG